AUGGCUCUUAGUCGUAUCUUCUUCACAAGCUCUUUGCUUCUCUUCUCGUUGCUUAUCCUUGCUUCUGCAGGUGAUUAUGGUUAUAGCACCAACCCGGAGGGUGACAAACCAAAGUCUCAGGGUUACAAUUCCAAGCCAGAAAGCAAUGGUUAUGACUCUAAACCAUAUGUGGAGAAGUUAAAGCCUCAGGAUAAUGAUUAUGGAUCUAAGCCAAAGGGCAAUAAUUAUGGCUCCAAACCAUAUGUUAAGAAGUCAAAGCCUCUAGUAAAGGGUUACGAUUCCAAGCCAGAAGCUAAUGGUUAUAGCCCCAAACCAUAUGUUGAGAAGUCAAAGCCCGAGGAAAAGGGUUACAAUUCCAAGCUAGAAGGCAAUGGUUAUGGCUCCAAGCCAUACGGUGAAAAGUCAAAGCUUGAGGGCAAUGGCUAUGGUUCCAAGUCACGUGAUAAUGGUUAUGGCUCCAAACUAUACGUUGAGAAUACAAAGCCUAAGGAAAAGGAUUAUGGUUCUAAGCCAAAAGAUAAUGGCUAUGGCUCCAAGUUAUACAUUAAAAAGUCAAUGCUUGAGGGUAGUGAUUAUGGUUCCAAGCCAAAAGGUGAUGGUUAUGGUGUCAAACCAUAUGUUGAAAAGUCAAAGACUAAGGGUAAUGGUUAUGGUGCCAAACCAUAUGUCGAAAAGUCAAAGCCUAAUGGUAAUUAA